UAUAACAUUCUUGCGCCAUUCUGAAUUAUUCUUAUAUGUUGGGAUAUUUCAUUAUGAUCACCAGCAAAGAGUGCAGAAGUAAUAAUGUAUUAAAUAGAGCGAUACUUUUAUUUUUCAUUUGUCUCAGCUUGUCUUACAUGAUUACGUUCAUGAUGGAACCAGAAAUUUUACGACUUCAAACUGAACGGCAAAAUGUGAUAGAUAGAGUAAAGGAAUUAUUAGAACUGAACCCCGAGGACAGUGAACUGCACGAAACUCUGGACGAUCUCUUUCAACAAGCAACGGAGCUUACAAAUACAAAGCAGCAGUCUGAAGAACGCGAUAAACAUAACAUUAAUGAUACACGUACUGUAAAGAAUUUCAGAGCUUCGAAUAAAGGGAAGAACAGUCAGACAAACCGCAUCAUAGUGAAAGAUCAAAUAAAAAUUAUUGCUUAUUUUCCGCGUCAGAUUAGGCUGUCAAAAGAAAUAGACGCGGUAGACAUGACCGUGUGUUCCGUCACUAAUUGUAAUGUACCUCGGAUGUCGGCAGAAAUCAAGGGCACUAUAUUAGAUGCCGAUGCAGUCCUCUUCCAAGGUAACAGAAUGCCGAAACAUCUUCCAACUCAUAGAGAUGCUAAUCAAGUCUUCGUGUUUUUGAAUAACGAGCCUCCUUUGUAUAUACAAAAGACUAAUCUUUCCAAUGAAAUGUUCGUGAACUAUUUUAACUGGACCAUGACAUAUAGAACAGAUUCUGAUAUACCAUUUCUUUAUGGCGCAAUUGUGUCGAAUGAUGAGCAAAGUUAUACCGAUUAUCUGAAUAACGUUGGACGAAAAAGGAGAAAUGAGCUACAUAUAAAUAAAGACUUAGACAAGGAUUACUCAGCUAUAUAUAAACAAAAGGAUAAAGGUGUUUUUUGGAUUGUAAGUCACUGCUCAACAAAGUCUAAAAGAGAAAAGUAUGUUGAUAAGAUGAGAGAAAAUAUCAAAGUAGAUCAGUUUGGACGUUGUUAUGGAAAUAAGAUCGGACUUAAAACUUAUUAUUCUACUGAAAAUUGGACACGUUACAUGUUUUACCUUGCUUUUGAAAAUACGUAUUGUAUUGAUUAUUUAACAGAAAAAGUUUACAACUGGUUUGAACUGGACGUCAUACUUGUGGUUCGAGGUGGGUGUGACUAUACUAAAUUUCUGCCCAAUGGUACUUAUGUAGACGCAAACAAUUUUGAAAACGCAGCCGCAUUAUCAAAUUAUCUGAAUAAAUUAGGUGCAAAUAAGACUGAGUAUACCAACUUCUUGAAACGUAAAGAUACCUAUCGGGUAUAUAAAGAGCGGGAAAUGGUACAGUCAUCAUUUUGUAACUUGUGUGAAAAACUGAAUAAUGUUAACGACAACAUAAAGUCCGUGGAAAAUAUAUACAAGUGGUGGCAGGAGGACGCAUGUUGGAAUAUUAAAAAUCCUUUAUAAUUUUAAAUUGACAUUCAUUUUACAUUUUCAUUCUCAUUUCACUUUUCAUUAUCAAUGAACGUAUUCGAUGUUAAAAUAAUAUUAUUUCAUUAUGCGAGUAAUAGUUUAUUUCUUAUUAAUUUUAUUUGACUGCCUGCCAUUAUUAAGCCUAAUACCGGAAUAUAUGUUCCAAUUAAAAUUUAGAACCGUGUUUGCUUCUGUGAAAUAAUAGUGAUAGGCAUAUUUUGUUGAUACUGUUGUUGUUCGAAGUGCAACAGUCAAUGGACAGUAGGUCUAAAGCCAUUAAAUUAGCAUUACUUGUAUAAUAUAUAACUAUGGCUGCCAAAUUGUGAAACUACAUUUAACACGGUGCAUUUAAGGUUUCUUCAAAAUGCAAUGUAC